UAUGCAUACGUGUGUGUGUGUGUGUGUGUGUGUGUGUGUGUGUGUGUGUGUGGGUGCGAGCGUGCGCGCACACUGACCCUCUCACCCUCUGGUCUGAGUAAGAACUGAAAAUAGGAAGUCUAUUGACACACACACACUCGCACACUUAGGGUAUAAAGGCCACUCCAAGGCUAGCCAUAAACCUAAGGCUUUGGAGAACAGAACAGAACAGACAUGACAGGGCAGAAGGAUACAUUGGGGGAACACGCCACACUCAAGGACCCCUCUCAGGAGAAUGGGGUCAUCCAGACACAGUACAGCGCCAUCUCCCCCCCGGCCUCCCCCGUGGCGCAGGACGAGCCCUUCUCCACCUACUUUGAGGAGAGGGUGCCCAUUCCUGAUGAUGCCGAUCAGUUUUUCAGUUUCCGGAAGCUCUGGGCCUUCACGGGGCCCGGUUUCCUGAUGAGCAUAGCCUACCUGGACCCAGGGAACAUCGAGUCAGACCUGCAGUCUGGAGCUAAAGCUGGUUUUAAGCUCCUGUGGGUUCUUCUGGGAGCCACCAUUAUUGGUCUGUUGCUGCAGCGCUUGGCAGCUCGCCUUGGUGUUGUCACAGGGAUGCACCUGGCAGAAGUCUGCAACCGGCAGUACCCCACAGUCCCCCGCAUCAUCCUGUGGUUGAUGGUGGAGCUGGCCAUCAUCGGCUCAGACAUGCAAGAGGUCAUCGGCUGUGCCAUCGCCUUCAACCUGCUCUCUGUUGGCAGGAUACCUCUGUGGGCCGGUGUUCUCAUCACCAUCAUCGACACGUUCGUGUUCCUGUUUCUCGAUAAAUAUGGCUUGAGGAAACUAGAAGCCUUUUUUGGAACCCUCAUCACCGUCAUGGCCAUCAGCUUUGGAUAUGAGUACGUGAUGGUCGCGCCCAACCAGGGCGAGCUUCUGAAGGGCAUGUUCCUCCCGUACUGUGCUGGCUGCGGCCCACCUCAGCUGGAGCAGGCCGUGGGCAUCGUUGGCGCCGUUAUAAUGCCUCAUAACAUCUACCUGCACUCUGCUCUUGUCAAGUCGAGGGAUGUGGAUCGCAACAACAAGAAGGAGGUGAAGGAAGCCAACAAGUACUUCUUCAUCGAGUCCACCGUCGCUCUCUUCUUGUCUUUUCUCAUCAACGUUUUUGUUGUGGCCGUUUUCGCCCAGGCGUUUUACGGCAAGACGAACAAUGAAGUGAGCCUGAAGUGCAAUGAGACAGGGAGCCCUCACACGGACCUCUUCCCUUCCAACAACGACACGCUUGUGGUGGACAUCUACAAAGGGGGGGUGGUCCUGGGUUGUUUCUUUGGCCCGGCUGCCCUGUACAUCUGGGCCAUAGGGAUCCUCGCUGCUGGGCAGAGCUCCACUAUGACGGGGACCUACUCAGGCCAGUUUGUCAUGGAGGGUUUCCUUAACCUGAGCUGGUCUCGUUUCGCCCGGGUUUUGCUGACGCGAUCCAUCGCCAUCGUCCCCACACUGCUGGUUGCCAUCUUUCAGGACGUGCACCGCUUGACGGGCAUGAACGACUUCCUCAACGUGCUGCAGAGCAUGCAGCUGCCGUUUGCAUUGAUCCCCAUCCUGACCUUCACCAGCCUUCACUCCAUCAUGAAUGACUUUGCCAAUGGACUAUUUUGGAAGAUUGGCGGCGGCGUGGUCAUCCUGGUGGUGUGUGCCAUCAACAGUUACUUUGUGAUUGUGUAUGUCUCGGCACUCAACAGUGUCCCCCUCUACGUCCUCUCAGCCAUAUUCUCCAUCGCAUACCUGGGCUUCGUAGGCUACCUGUCGUGGCUGUGUCUGAUUGCUCUGGGUGUUACAUGUCUGGAUUUCGGCAGCAGGCUGGCCAUCCCUGUAGCACAGGAUGUUUACUCAAUGGGGUUAUCGGGACACACAGACCUCUACCUGCUGACUGACAUGGACAGUGAUGGGCUGAUGGAUCGGUAGAGGGACCAAGGAGAGGUGGCGGAGGUCAAGGGGCUGCAGGGUUAUGACUGCGUGUUUGAAAGUGGACUGGAUGGUGGGACCAGCUGAUCCUUACACUAGGCCAGUAUACAAUGCCUUGUCCACAUACAUGCCCCAAAGUAUCCCAAGUGACCUUUGCUUACUCUAGAAUAGAGGAGUUUCUCUCUUCCACAUGUGGAACAUUCCGGAAGGCAGAAAAUUGUAGUUAUGACAGUCAGUCAUCCGUGUUAUUUUUUUGUUCUGUUUGGUGCAUCCUACACAUGGCAUUCCAAGACAACAUUAUGACUGAUACAUCAAUGUUUAUCAAAUUGAUAUUCUCUUGAUGGACUCUUAAAAAUGAACUAUUAAUACUCAAGCUCCCGCUAAGAAGGAGUCAGCCAUGAACCUUUUCUUUAACUUUGUUGCACCAACAAAUAAUUAGAUUCUCAGGAUUCUCAACAAUAGAUGUACAGUUUAGAUCUAGUCAUGGAUUUGGAGUGAAUUUUUUUCAAACACAUAGAAAGUUUGAGCAUAGUGAAAGCUACCCUGACUCUUACUCUCCACAGAAGGCCUUUUCUUUUUAAUGUCUGUUACACUAAGAAAACAGACAGCUUGAGAGGGCCAAUAAAUGCAAUUUACAGUUGCAUUUAUCGGUCAGAGUCCCUGAAGCCAAGGUUUUCAGUGACUGGUGAAAAAUAAAUUAAAGGACUCCGGUAUUUUGUUUUAAACCUGGGCCCUAUUUUCCUAUCUUUUGGGUCCAAAUUUUUACUAGGGACAAAAAUGAUCAAAGUCGCUCCAUAAUUAGAACGCUAUAACCUAUGGGGCAAGCAUCUGUGCCAAAGUAAACUGCUUGUUUUCGCCACGGACAGGCUCAUGAUGUUAUAAGUGUCUGACAACAUGGAAAGGAUCCCUACAAAGAUAGACGUGUGUCUGUUUACCUCAAUAACUGUUUAGAAACUGUAGAAAAAGACUGUUUCUACCGUCAUUAGUUCUUCCGGUCUGGUCUGGAAGAAGGGAGAGGUAAACUAAUGACUGUGGAAACUGUCAUUUUCAACAGUUACUGGAGUUCUCCUUUAACUGGUCAGAAUAUUCUGGUGAAAUUCCAGUAAUUUUAUGGCCUCAUAGUGGGUCCGUGUCUUCUGCCUCAGAAUCUGUUUACCUUCUGUAUGAAAGCACUUUGGCAUCCUUCUUAUGAUUGGUCACAAAGACUUCGUAGUAGCUGGAAAAUCGUAAAUUAUUUAUUUAUGACCGAAUAUUUAUGACAACAUAUUCUUGAUAUAGAACACGUUUUACUCAUAUUUAAAUAUGAACUCAAUACGUUUUAAUGAGUUGCCAGCACUACAGCAUGGUUCUGUAGAAGGGAUGUGAAGACACUGAGGAUAAUUUUAAUUGGAGAUCUUUUAGAAAAUAAUUUUUGAUGGAAUUUGUUUCCUUUGUGAAAUGAAUAAUCUGAGAAUGUUUUGUUUUCAUUUUAUGAUAGUGGUUUUGGCCUGUAGACAAAAUGAUGAGCAGUUCCCAGAUUUGCCAUGGCCAGCAUGGCCCUUCCACGAUGCUACGGAAAUGGUUGUGGAAAUAGAAUUUCACUUCACACGUGAUCUUGGCAACUCAAUGGCCUGAACAUUUGCUGAUGACUUUUCACUUGAACCAUUAACACUGUGUGAGUGCUGUUCUCCAUUUAUGCAUUCAAUCACAAAUAGAUACAAGACUUUUAAAUGUAAACACACAAAUUGGAUUAAAUUCUGUGCGGGUGCUACUCUGAUCCAACUUAGUCAGAAACAGGAAUUUCAGGUGAUUCUUGAGUGUCAUCUGGCCCAUCCUGCUAUUGCAGUAUGUCUCCUGUUCAUUUCACAUCACAACUGAGAGCUAACACCUUUAUUACUUUAUAAUCAUGGACUCUUGUUUGUUAUGAUUAUGUAUUGAUGCAAGCAGUCAUCUUCAAAAAUGCUACUUGGUUGAGAUGUCAAACUAGGGCAUUAAACACUACACCGUAACACAGUGCUAGAGUAUCAAUCAUCACUGGGAUUGAGGGACUAUUCAUGAGGGUGCCAAAAUGGAUUACGUGUUAUGUCAAUAAUUAGUGAAGUAAUUACUUGUACAUUUUCCAGAUUUAUUGUAACAUGUAAAUUAUUGGAAAGCCUACUUGCUGGAAUUGAUGAAUGCUGUAUGUUUUUUAAUUGUAAUAUUAGAGCAUUGAUAAGAGUUUCUAACUGUUUGUAUCAUGUUUUUCCCACAAACAAGAACCAAAGUGUACAGUUUUCAACUCUAUUACUUUAUUAAUACAAUUUUGUAUAUUUUCUUUUUUAUUGCGAAAAUAAAUCAUGGCAAACAAAUAAAAAAUAUUUCUACAAAAAA